AUGCCCAGCGGCGGUGUCGAGGUCUCACAUGAGCGCAGGGGCUCAGUUGCUGGACUAAACAAAGCCAAGAUCCUCAAGCCCUUCAACACCGCCAACAUCAAGAUCCUCUUGCUCGAGAACGUCAACGAGACCGCCGUUUCUGCCCUCCGAGAACAAGGUUAUCAGGUCGAAACACACGCCAAGGCCCUGUCGGAAGACGUCCUGGUUGAAAAGAUCCGCGAUAUCCACUGCAUCGGUAUCCGCUCCAAGACCAAGCUGACCAAGAGGGUCCUUGAUGCCGCCGAGAAGCUCGGAGUGAUCGGGUGCUUCUGUAUCGGUACCAAUCAAGUUGAUCUGGAGCAUGCCUCUCAGAAGGGUGUCGCGGUCUUCAACUCGCCCUUCUCCAACUCGCGCUCGGUCGCAGAACUGGUCAUAGCCGAGAUCGUGUUGCUGUCCAGACAGCUGGGUGAUCGUAACAAGGAGAUGCACCAAGGCAAUUGGCAGAAGGUCUCGGCGAACUGCUAUGAGAUCCGUGGCAAGACUCUCGGAAUUGUUGGAUACGGCCACAUUGGUUCGCAGCUCUCGGUCCUUGCCGAAUCCAUGGGCAUGCGCGUUCUCUUCUACGACGUCGUCCCAUUGAUGCCUCUCGGUACCUCCAAGCAGGUCACGACCCUCGCUAGCCUCCUCGAAUCCUCGGACUUUGUGACCCUCCACGUCCCCGAAACCGAGGAGACCAAAAACAUGAUUGGCGAACACGAGCUUCGUCAAAUGAAGCGAGGGUCCUUCCUCAUCAACGCCUCCCGCGGCACCAUCGUCCAGAUCCCCGCUCUCGCUAAGGCUCUCCGCUCUGGACACCUCGGCGGAGCUGCCGUUGACGUCUUCCCGAAGGAACCUGCCGCGAAUGGUCCUUACUUUGAGUCUGAACUGGUUGGUUGCCCCAACACGUUGCUGACUCCCCAUAUUGGUGGUUCGACCGAGGAGGCCCAGUCGAUGAUCGGAGUCGAGGUCUCACAGGCAUUGAUCAAGUUUAUCAACAACGGCACGUCGAUCGGAGCGGUGAACUAUCCGGAGGUUGAUCUGCGUGCGAUCCGGUACGAGGAGGAGAACUCGAUCCGGCUGUGCUACACACAUCUGAAUGUUCCUGGAGUGUUGAGACAGAUCACGGAUAUUUUGGCGGACCAUAAUGUGGACAAGCAGUUCUCGGACUCGAAGGGAAAGAUCGCGUACCUGAUGGCGGAUAUCUCGGAUGUGACACAGGAGCAGAUCCAGGAAAUCUACAGACGCGUGAGCGAGACGCCCACGAAUAUCAUUACCCGCGUCUUGUAUUAA